AUGGACUCCGCCGGCCAGCAACUCACCCUUGCCUGGCUCGCGAGCACGUAUGAGAUGUUCGAUGGGGCGAGUGUGGCUCGGCGCGACGUCUACGGGGAGUAUUGCGACUUCUGCCAGCGCUACAGCCUCAACGCUACGACGGCCGCCAUCUUCGGCAAGCUCGUCCGCAUGGUGUUCCCCGCCAUCAGCUCCCGCCGCCUCGGCCGCCGCGGCGCCAACGUCGUCCACUACUACAACUUCCGCAAGAAGCUCGCGCCCGGGCCGGUGCCCACCACACCCCACACGACAUCCACUUCCACCUCGUCAUCAUCGACUUCAUCUUCGUCUUUGACGUCUGCCAUCGUCAUCAAGGACGACGACGAGCACGACACGUCGGCAGCCGCCGCAUUGCUGCACGCUUCGGCGCAAGGGCACGCGGCCCCGCCGCCGCUUGUGUCGUCGCUUCCGCGUGGGAGCAUCGCCGCACUGCUCUCGCCCAUGACGUCCGAUGUGCCGCAACCGUCGAUGCCCAUCCAGAUCCCGGCCUCUCUGCCCUUCUCCGUCGACGCGUCCAGCUACUCGUUUCCCACCUUCACCACCGAUCUUGCAAUGGACGAUCCGUACACACUGGCAUCGUCGGCCCAGGCCCGGGUGAAUGCGCCGCCGGUGGACCCGAGCCGGAUCUACGUGAAGCCGAGCCCGCUGUGGCCGGCGUCGGCGUCGGGCCAGUCGGGGCACCACCACGUGAUGGCGCUCGCCGCCCACUUCAUGCACCACUACCGGCGCGCCUACUUCAUUCAGUGCCCCAUGCACCCCGCCGCGCUGGAGGAGAACAACAUCCGCUACAUCCUCUGCACCAGGGAGGGCACCGAGGAGAGAAGUGCGAUGAUUUCGGGCCACAUCGCCCACGCGCGCGACUUGUUUCAGACGGCGAAGGAGCACCUGAGCGACGUGUUCGACAUGACCGACUACUCGGUGGCGCAGGCGCUGGUGCCGAUGGGCUUCUCUGAGCGAUUCUACGCGCACGACGAGGCCGAGGGGUGGCCCGUGACGAUCUACUACCUCACCCUGGCCAACCAGAUCUGCCGCCGGCUGGGCGCGCUCGCGAGCGACAUCUACAGCCGCUGCUCGAAGGCCGUGUACUUCAUGGAGGACGUCGACACCGAAUCGCAGCCCAAUCGCGACGAGUCGGCGCCGCCGGCCACGAAGCAGGACACGUCGUGGGAGGAGGUCAUCCAGACCGAGCUCAACUUUCAUGAGCGGAUCCAGCAGCAGAAGCAGAGCUGGCUCAACUACUCGGGCGCGCGCCGGACCCACAAGAUCCUCUACGCCGUCCUGUUCGCCAUCGUGCACCUCAUGGACGCCAUGAACAACCUCGAGAAGCUGCGACAGACGGCCCAGGCCAAGCGCCAGCAGCAGGCCUCGUCGCAUCGCAUCGAGGAGCCCGUCAUCGACGAUGACGAGGUGGUGGAGUACACCAAGCGCCGCGGCGCGGGGCGAACGCUGGCGCGCCUGCUCGGCCUCCUCGUACCGAAACCGGCGGCCAGCAGCAGCGAGACCGAAAACGGAGCGAGCGGCAGCAAAUGCAACGGCGACUACGGUGCCGCCGCCGCCGACGACGACGAAGAGGAGGACGCGCCAUUCUCGCUGAAGAGCGUCAAGGAGAACGGCCUGGGCCGCAAGGACGUGGCCCGGAUCGCGCAGUACUUCACGGACCAGCUCCUGCUGCUCGAUGAGGAGCUGCUGGUGCUGUACCAGGGCACGGAGAUCGGCGAGCGCUACCUGUCGUCGGAGAGCUACAACAUGAGCCGCAUGUUCAUCUACGGCCUCCGGGUCGACAACAAGUGGAUCGCGGGCGACCGCGAGGCCGCGCUGGCGCUCAUCAUGGAGUUCCUCGAGCUCCACCGGCGCGAGAAGGCCAACCUCAUGCUGUUCGAGAACAAGCCCACCUUCCAGCGCAUUCUCGACAUUCUGCUCGAGAUGGGCCGCUUCGACGCCCUGCGGCAGCUGCUGGCACAGCUGGCCCCGCUCGUUCAGGUGUCCCCCAUCUUCGCCGCCAUGUGCGACCACUUCCGCAAAGCGAUGGCUUAA